AUGCAAUUUGGUAAAGAAAAGGAUGGAGACCAACUAAGAGCAAUUGUGAGCAGACCCAAGCCUACAAUUCAAACGGAGUUGCCUCAAGAAGCUUCUUACUACUGUCUGGUGGACGAGUCAUGGAAAUCAUCGAGGGAUCUCAUAGGGAUUGGUUGGUCCUUAUAUAGUAAAGAAGGAAACCGUCUCCUCCAAGGGUCAUCGUCUCUGAAGACAGUAAACACAGUGGGAGAAGCAGAGGCUGCAGCUUUACUGUCAGCAGUGCAACAGUUACGAAGACUCAAUUAUAAGCAAGUUGCAUUUAUGGCUGAUUGCAAGAAUAUGAUUGAAGAGUUAAAUCAGUUGAGGACUGAACAAACUCUCAAAAUGAACCGCAUCAAGGAAUGCGCAUAUACUUUUCAUUAUGUAUCCAGAGAAUCUCCUAGUCAUGUGGAUGCCUUAGCAAAACAGGCUAGAGUUACUCAUAAAAACUAUAUUUAA